UGUACUAAAUUAAAGUAAAAAAAUGUAUUUUAAACUCAAACUUUAAAAAGGAAAAGAGAGAGAGAGAGAGUGGUCUGAGUCACAAUUGGUGUCCAUUGGUCUGAUUGAUUUAACCUCCACACAGUCUCCCUUGUUUUCUUUCAAACACCACAGAGAAAGAGAGGAAGAAGAAGUGAGUCCCCCACUUCUCCCCUUUUUCUCCACUCCCCUUUUUCUUCCAUCCGCCGUGGAAAUCGAGCUCCACCUCCAAUAGAACAACGGCUUCUCCCACUUUCUCUCUCCCUUUCUCUCUCCUCUGCCCCCUCACAAUCAUAUUAAAACAGUUAUCAUUCUCUUUACUGAACGUGGAGCUUCAAACCCAAUGCUGGAUCUUAACCUCCAAGUUGUUUCCUCUGAUUCGGUUGAGAUGGUUACUGAGAGGCUUUUCCAGUUUCCGGCGAUCAGAAUGGAAAGCGCCGGUAGCUUUAACGGCGAUCUUUCUGCCAGCACUACCGGCGACGAGGACUCAUCUUCCAACGCUGAUGAAGCUUUCCCGUUCGCCUUCGGUAAGGACUGCGCGGUUCAGGAAAACUUAACGGCCAAGUCACUCUGUAUUUCCGAUAACCACCGCGAUCAGACGAUGGAGCUUUUUCCAUUAACAGGCGGGUUAUCUUCUGGUUCGAGUUCUCAGAAGCAGUGGCUGGAGGUUUCUCCGCCGGAAUUUCACUAUUGGGGGGGAGCGCCGGAGCGGCGAAUAACAGCACCGCCGGGGCAACAACAGCAUCAGCCGAUGAGGAAGAAUCGGCGAGGUCCAAGGUCUCGAAGUUCGCAGUAUCGCGGCGUUACCUUUUAUCGAAGAACAGGAAGAUGGGAAUCGCAUAUUUGGGACUGCGGGAAACAAGUUUAUCUGGGUGGUUUCGAUACUGCACACGCGGCUGCUAGGGCGUAUGAUCGGGCGGCGAUCAAGUUUCGAGGGGUCGAUGCAGAUAUCAAUUUCAAUGUCAGUGAUUAUGAUGAAGAUAUUAAGCAGGUGGGAUUGGCUAAGUUAAUACUCAUUACUGUCAGAACUUCAAACUCUUUCUCUAACGCCAUUGAUGAAGAGCUUUACUCUUGGCUGCCAUUAAUGUCCCAGAUGAGUAAUUUUACCAAGGAAGAGUUUGUUCAUAUUCUUCGCCGCCAUAGCACUGGAUUUUCGAGGGGGAGCUCCAAGUACAGAGGGGUCACUCUGCAUAAAUGUGGGCGAUGGGAGGCUCGGAUGGGCCAGUUCUUGGGCAAGAAGUACAUAUAUCUUGGUCUCUUUGAUAGUGAGAUUGAGGCUGCAAGAGCAUAUGACAAAGCUGCCUUGAAAUGCAAUGGUAAGGAGGCUGUCACAAACUUUGAACCCAGUUCUUAUGUUGCAGAGAUGGCUUCUGAGGCGGCUGGCACAGCAGGUUUGCUCCUUCUCUGGCUAUACAAUUUGGUCACUCGAUCGAUCGAGUUAACAUUCGGUAUCGAAAACUGUGUUGAUUAUGUCCCAUAUGCAGAGAACAACCAGAUUCUUGAUCUGAACUUGGGAAUUGCUCCCCCAAAUCUCUGUGAGGCUCAAAGUGAGAGCAUUGCCAUGUUUGAGAGAAGAGCUAUGCCUGAGAACUCUGUUUCAGCAGCAAUUAGAUCAUCCCAUUCACAGCCGUAUAGCUUUGCAGUGCCUUCCAAUUACCAUUCUCCUUGGAGUGUUUCAAACUCCAGUUUCUUUCCCAACUCAAGGGAAAGAGCAACAGAGAUGAGGAUGGGGGUUGGGUCAUGGGAGUGGCAAAUCCAUGGCCACCCAAGUGGAACAACCUCCGUGCCACUCUUCUCUGCUGCAGCAUCAUCAGGAUUCCCUUCUUCUUCUUCUUCGACUGCCAUUCCAUCAGCUUCAUCUGGUGUUGGUGAAACCCAUUUCCCAGCAAUCUUCUACUGUAGGAGUUGAACAGAGAUAGAGAGCACCGGGUGGAAUGGGAAGAAGGAACACAAAUAUCUCACUUCAAAUGCAUCAUUCUUUCUUUGUUUCGGAAAGAUUACAGGUAACCCAUAGUCUGAGUCCGCUGCCUUAUUUCAACGCCCAUUUAUUGAUGUAUUUUAAGAUUCUCAGUAUGUUGAGAUUACUGGAUGUUCAUAUCACUCAUUUCCUUUUUUCUUUUAUAGCUUCAUUGACAAUGUUGUUAUGUUGUUGGCCUUAUUACUGAACUUAAGGAUUGUAGAACUGCUUGGGUUUUGCCCUAAUCUUGCAAGCUACACCAUGGCUUUCCUUCA